UCUUUGUGCAAUGAACCCUGCCACUCUGGUUAUCAGAAGAAAAGGAAGGAAGGGGAAAAGUUUUGUUGCUAUGAUUGUGCUCCAUGCCCAGCAGGGAAGAUUUCAAAGCAGACGGAUAUGGAUGCAUGUUUCAAUUGCCCAGAAGGUCAGUAUCCAAACAAGAAGAGAAAUGGAUGCAUCCCCAAAGUUAUACAUUUUUUGUCCUAUGAAGAACCUUUAGGGAUCACUUUAGCCUCACUUAGUGUCUUAUGUUCUUUGAUUACUGCUUUGGUCUUGGCUAUUUUUAUCCAACACAAAGAUACCCCCAUAGUCAUAGCCAACAACCGAGAUCUCACCUACACUCUCCUGGUCUCCCUCCUGCUCUGCUUCCUCUCCUCUUUGCUUUUCCUCGGCCAACCUGGGAAAGUGACUUGCCUUCUCCAACAACCUGCUUUUGGCAUCAUCUUCUCUGUAGCUGUUUCUUGUGUGUUGGCCAAGACCAUCAUUGUUUCUCUAGCAUUCAUAGCCACAAAGCCAGGAUCUAAGAUGAAGAAAUGGGUGGGAAAGAGACUGGCCCAUUCUAUUGUCCUUUCAGGUUCCCUCAUUCAAGUGGGUAUCUGUACUCUGUGGCUGACAACGUCUCCCCCCUUCCCUGAUCUAGACAUGCAUUCAGUAGCUGAAGAAACCAUUGUGCAAUGUAAUGUUGGGUCUGUCACCAUGUUCUAUUGUGUUUUAGGCUACAUGGGCCUCUUGGCCCUCACUAGCUUCAUUGUGGCCUUCCUGGCCCGCAAGUUACCUGACAGUUUUAAUGAAGCCCAGUUCAUUACCUUCAGUAUGUUAGCAUUUUGCAGUGUUUGGGUCUCUUUUGUUCCAACCUACCUGAGCACAAAAGGGAAACACAUGGUAGCUGUGGAGAUCUUCUCCAUCUUGGCCUCCAGUGCUGGUUUACUGGGUUGUAUCUUUUCUCCAAAAUGCUACAUCAUUGUGCUGAGGCCUGAACUGAACAGCAGGGAUCAAUUAAUACGAAGAAAGGAUUAA